AUGUCUGAACCACCCCAGGAUAUAAAGACAACUAUCGAGAAAACGGCACAGUAUGUCAAGAAGAAUGGAACUGCCUUCGAGCGAAAACUUCUUCAAAACGAUUCCGAUGGUAAGUUUUCCUUCUUGAACAACUCAGACAAGUAUAACUCAUACUACAAGUCUCUACUAGAGGGUCGGAGUGUGAGCAAAAAUGGAGAAGCAGUUAACCAGAACGACCAAAAAGAAAUUUUUCAUGAACCGCUGCAGUUUCUAUUCGUGACAGAGCUCCCGCCUAUCUCUACCUACGAUUUGAAUGUGAUCAAACUCACAGCUCAGUACAGUGCAAUCAACAGUUCCAAACAUACAGAAGCGCUUCAUAGAUACAUGGAUAAAAAAGGCAAUCGAAGCCAGUUUGCAUUUUUAAACCGUGGACAUAGUCUACAUUCAGUUUUCCAGAGCUAUCUUCGCCAAUACCUUGCAAUUAUAGAUGCAUCUAAAGGCAAGAAGAACAGCGAGGCUGUGAAGCACAUAGAUGAGUUGAUUAGCUCUACACCUCAGAAAAUGUUUCAAAAUGCGUAUGAGAGAGCUGUGUAUGAAAAGAAACACAAGAUGGAUAGGAGAGCCAAGGAGUCGGAGUUGAGAGAUUCUCAGCUCCAGUAUGCUCUGAUCGAUUGGCAGGAUUUCACAUUUGUAGCCAAAGUCAACUUCGAUGCUGUUGAUGAGGUUUCAGAAUUGGCGGUGCCUCUUCUGAGGGCUGACGUAGUUUACCGAGCAUUACUGGCCAAGUCUAAAGAGAUACAGUUGGAGGUUUUGCCAGUGAAGGAAAGUGAGGUGAACGAAGAGUCGCCAGAAACGCUUGAACAGAAUGAAGUGAAAAUGCCAGAGGUACAAAAGCUCAGCGCAGUUCCAAAGGGAAUGAAAAUCAGGGCCGCCGGAGAAUCUCGACUCAAGAGAAAGAAUAGAGAAGGCGAUGAAAAGCGCAUCCAAUGUCCAAUUACGGGCCAGAUGGUUGCAGAACUGAAGUUUGACCAGCACUUGAGAGUCCUCUUGAGAGAUCCAAGGUACAAAGAGCAGCAAGAUAACUACGUGAAGAAGAAUUUCAGCUAUGCAUCCAACAUCACCACGGAUCAAGUUUAUGAGAACAUCAAAAGAUUGGUAAAAAAGAGAGGGUAUUCAGAGGAGGAGGAAGAAAAUUCCAAGAGGAUAGAUAUAGGCCCACAGCAAUAG